CGGCCGGUUUUCUAGAUUUUGGAGUGCUUCUUUUCAAUUUCUUUUCACACUUUCAAUUGAUUAACAGCUUCUUUUUUUUAAUAGAGAGAUUGUGAUUAAGAUGGUGGUGGAUAUAUGUCUGCACAGAAAAUCAGAAGCUAAAUGUCGUAGAAAUAAGAAGACGAAGAGAAAAGUAACAAGAAGUAGUGAUCAAGAGACUGCAGAACCACCUCAAUUCUCAAACCAAGAAGAUAUUGAAGAAGAGCAAGGUAAGAAGAAUAAUAAGAAGAUUAAACUAGGAGGAGGAGGACCUUACAGAAACCAAGACUUUAUUUCAUCAAUUGAGAACAAAGAGCUAGAUAAUCAAAGGAAACUUCAAAUUGCACUGGAAUACAUUAAUUCGGCCAAGUCUAGUGAUGGAGGGGGAGAUUGUCUUCAAACGGUUAGUGAUUCUCGUUUAGUUUUGUCCCUCAAUAAAUGGGUUCAGUCUCUGCUAAAUGAUGAGCCAGCACAAUGGAAGAAUUUCAGUGUCUGGGUGAUUUUUAAAUUUUGUCUAGAUAAGUCAUUGUCGUUGGGAGUUGGGUUAACUUUCAGCUCGAAAAUUUUACUUGGAAUUUCUUGCAUUGGAGAAAAUUCAGCUCUUUUCAGUGAUGAUAGAUGUGAAUUUUACAGCCUUGUUUUGGAUGUUUUAUGUUGCUAUUCAAUUCUUCACAUGGAAGGGUGUUUAGUGCUAAUAUGGAUACAUGGUCCUUCACGGUUGGGUCAAUGCUGGGUGUUCUUCACAAGGUUUAUAUGGUUAAUGUAUCUGAUGAUAAUGUGGGCAUUCUGUUAAUUCGCUUAUCAUGCUUGAUAUUCUAGCGCUGUUCCAGUUUUUUGAUGGUUCAUCCGAAGAAAAUUUUCAGUAAAUUUGUAGAUAACCUUCUUGAACCAUUGUUGAGUUUCUUAGUGAUGGUGAAUAAACAAAUUGAUGAUAGUUGUAAUUCCACAUUGACAAAAGAGUUGUUGAAGACAGUGGAAGACAUUUUGUCUUAUGGGUUGUUCCAUCCUGACCAUGUGAAGGAGUUUCAAAGUUUACCGGCUACAGGGAGGGUUAUUGGGUUUGGUGAUGGUAAAGGAAAAAAAUCAAAAAUGAGGAAUAGAAGUUAUUGCAUACGACUUUUUGAGAAAUUGGAGAAUAUCGUAUCUGAGAAGAAAAUUUCUUCAUUGGGGGGCGUGGGAGAGCUGUUUCGCUUGUAUGUUGUCAGAGUAAAGAAGGAAAAGGGAGUUCCUGUGUUGUCCAGUCCAACUUAACUAUUGGUAAUGGUCAGGCAGUCACUGAAAGUACUCAUUCUUCGGUUAGGCUUGACAUGGAAACUGGAAAAUCAGUGUUUGCUAUCUUUCUAUGGUUUAUAAAUCCUUUAAAGCGGGAGAUUGAAACAUAUAAUAAAACCAACAUGGAAGACGGAAUCGUAUUGUUGGAUGCUGCUCGUUGCACUCUUGAAGCUACCAAUAAGAUAAUUGCCAGUUUUAUGCAUGAAAAAGUAUAUCUCCGGACGGAAGAUACUUCUGAUGGAGAGCGUCUUAAUUUCUUGAAGGAGUUGUAUCUGACACUUGUUUCACUUUCAGAGAGGAUACAUAUUUGGUUACCUGGUUUGGAUAAUGGGUCCCCUGUAAAUGGUGUAUCUUUAGUAGCAAAAGAGAUUAUAGUUUCUCUUGGAUAUUUGCUGGAAAUCGAAUAUGGGGUUGCUGGCGAAGAUUUGGAAAGAUUGUGGAAAAUCAUUUUGUCAUUUUUAGUAAUUGAUUUACCUAUAACAGGAUCACCAGAAAUAUGCUCCCUGGCUGCAUACGUUUUGCGCUUUGCAUGCCAGUUAAUGAAUAUAAACAGUGAGCUUCGCCAGGUUUGUGACUCCAUAUUUGCACUGUGUAAAGCUGUAAGGUCAUUCUCUAUUGCCAACUGUGAAGAAUGUGUAAAAUCCGCGACAAUGUUAUUAUGCUUUCAAGAGUUUAGGCUUGCCGUUUGUAAAGCUAUCAAAAAUGUACCUGAAGGGAAGGCAACUGAUUGCAUCAAACAAUUAACAAAGGAUAUCUCUGAAACUUUAGAGUGGAUGUUGACCAGCAGUUCAAAGGAUAAGAGAUGUCGCGAACAAAACCUAGAUUUGCAAGCUGAGCUUCUGGGAAGGGCACUAGCUGAAGUGUAUACGAUGCUAUUAGAUAAUUUAGCUGUCACAACAGGGAACAGUAAAUCUGUUGGGAAAUCCAUACAGGACCUGAUGAUAGUCCUAAGUCCAUCCCUAAGUAUUCUAGUAAGGAAAGAACAUUCAAAUGUUGGUGAUUUCCUUUCCUCUGUCACGGGGCAAAGAUAUUUUGACAAGGAAAAAUCAACCAGAUCCAGUGCCUCAUGGGUUUCAUUGUUCUUCUUUCGCAUAUAUGCUUCCUGCAGAAGCUUAAAGAAGCAAUUGAUAAGCCUCAUGCCCCCUGAUUCAGCUAAGCAGGCGUCGGAGGCAAUGAGAGAUUUGUUGACAGCAUAUGCUGAAGAAGCUGAAGAAAAUUGCAUGGAAGAUCAAGGUUAUUUUUCUUGGGUAAUUAAUUUUUGUGGUCAGGACACUGUUGAAAGUUGUGCCCCGUUGGUUUAUACGAUGCAUGCUAUGGCUUACCAGAGGCUUAUUGAUCUUAGACGACAGAUAAAAGCUUACAAAUUCCUACAAAAGGAGCAGAAUGAUAUGACAUUGAUGGGUGAUGCUAACUCACAUCAUCUUUGUGAGGAAAUUAAAAUUUUAAGCAAAGAAGCUAAAGAUCUUACUGUUUAUCUCAUGAAAAAGAUAGAGCCGAUGUCAGCUGAUGCUUGUAUCAAUUCUGAAGGCAGAGAGCAGCAAACUUCAACUGAAGACAAUGCAUGGGAUUUACAUAUUCCCUCUCUGAAUGAAGGUUCAUUGCCUACUGCUCUUUGGUAUCUUCUUUGCCAAAAUACUGAUAUUUGGGGCCCUCAUGCUGCGCAGAAGAAGUUGAAGAAGUUCUUGUUUCUGUUGCUCCAUAUCCCCCUGACCAGGGCUCGAAUCAGUGGCAAGGAUGUUAUAAAGGAUAAAAUGGACAAAUCUCACAACAUGGAGAAAAUUACUCCUCAUGGAAUAUCAAUGGAGCUGCUACAUGAUACUUUAUUCUAUGAACAAACAUUUCUCUGCAGGCAUUUGCCAUCAAGUUUUUCUGAGGUUCUGCGCCAAUACCUAGUAUCAUUAUCUGGUGAUCCUUUGUCUGGAGAUAUUGACUUUAACAAGUGGUUAAUAGAUUUAAGUAAAGUUGCCGUGCAUCCCGACCCCCCUUUCACGCAGUGCACCAAGGAUCUCAUAGCUUGCCAAAGCUUGCUUAAUCUCUUAUGCUGGAUGCCUAAAGUUUAUCUGAACUCAGAAUCAUUCUCAGAUUGUGCCACCAAUGUACUCAAUCUUGAAAUGGUUUUGGUUUUUACGAUCUUAAAGAAUCAUGGUAAAUUAGAGGUGGAUUCUCAGUAUGAGCUUUUCAGAUUGUUUGUAUGUUGUAGAAAGGCAUUGAAGUGCUUGUUAAUGUCAUUUCACGACGACAUGGGGGAAGCUGUACAUUGUUCCAUCGUUCAAAUAUUUAUUAAGAAUUCAAACUCUGUUUUAUGGCUUUGGAAAUCUGGCACUGCAUUGAUUCGACUUCCGCCUGCAUUUUCUGAAGAGCAUGCAAGUGAACUGAAGCAUAUGAGUCCUUCUUUGAUGGAUGAUACAUCUUCUAUACUUUUGACAUUAACCAAGGUACAUUUUUCUUUUUCUUUCCAAUACGAUCGAAACAAUGGAGAAAAAAGCAACAUUCCUUCAGCAAUAAACAAUGCAGACUUUAUACAAGAAUUACCCAUUUCAGAUGGGCUCAGCAAAAGAAGAAGUUUGAGUGAACCUGAUCCAAGUUUAGGAGCCUGGAUGGAACAUCUGACAGAGAGUUUCAAAAAACAUACCCAGUUCAAAAAACAUGACCAGUUAUUGCUUUCUAGUAAAGCUGAUCUGAACAGUGAGGAUUAUAACAAUAUGUCUUCUGAUGUUACAUUCUUUCAUGGUUUCUUGUGGGGCAUCACAUCCAUUUUGCAAGAUAAGAAGGGCUCCGAGGAACACAAAUUGCUAGGUAGUUCGCUUUCUUCUCGGUCCAUGGAGUCUACAGACUCCAAACUCAAGAGAUUUAUAACCUCUACUGAAGACUUCAUUAAUCCUUGCUUACGUGCAUUGCUUGUGGUGGACUCUCAACAGCCUACUUGUUCGGAGAAGGAUUUUGUUGAAGAUUCUAAAGUUAGAAAAACGUUGCUUAGGUCGGAUUUUACCAAAAACAUUCUGAAUGAAAGGCAACAGUUAAAUAAACCUUUAUUAAGAAGCUUAUUAAAAGGUGACAAUCCCGAGCUAGCUCAUUGUGUCAGACAGCUUCUUAUUGGAUCUUCAGCUAUUCUGAGUCUUAAAAUGCAGAUUUCCCAGCGUGCUUGUUUUUCAAGCUUGAUGCCAAUUUUAGUCGGAACAUUACAGUACUUGCUGACAGAGUUUGCAAAUAUGGUUCAGGAACCACAUUCAAUAUCUUAUAUUUGGUUGGAUGGUGUUGUCAAAUACCUGGAAGUUUUAGGGAGUUAUGUUUCUUUAAAGAAGAACUCUUUAAAAAAAAUUCGUGCUAGGCUGAUUGACAUGCAUCUGCAGGCUAUGGGUAUAUGCAUAUCAUUAUGUGGCAGAGAAGCUACACUACCAUCCCAUGAGACAAAAACUAGUACCAAAACUCUCAUGGGUCAAUCACUUGAGUUAUCUGGUCGACACAGGUGGAGUACUUUGAGAGAAUUCAGAGCUAGGCUUAGGCUGUCAUUCAAAAUUUUAGUCGUGAAAUAUUCGAAGUUGACAGCAAUUGAGGCUGUAGAAAGAGCACUUGGAGUUCGUGAGCGACGUAGCAUGCUUUAUGAAAUUUAUGCAGGAGGUCCAGACGGAGGAAAGGUUUCUGCUGCUGUUGCAGCUGGUGUUUACUGCUUUGAUUCUGUUGUUGCAUCUGUUUCAGGCAAGGACUCAAAUCAAGAUCACAUCCAAGGUUUAACUGGAGCUCUGUUCAACAUAGUUGUGCACCUGCAAGGUCCUCAAAUCUUCUAUGAGAAGGUAACCUGCAGCGCUGGAGAUGUUUAUCCUGAUCCUGGAGCAGUCAUUCUUAUGUGUGUUGAGGUGCUAACUAAAGUUGCUGGAAAACGUACAGAAGUUGCUGGAAAGCCUACUAAAGUUGCUGAAAAACCUACUAGAGUUUCUGGAAUGCCUACUAAAGUUGCUGGAAAGCCUACUAAAGUUGAUGGAAAACGUGCUGUCUUCCAAAUGGAUUCCGCCCAUGUCAUACAGUCUCUGCGCUUACCAGCGGCACUGUUCCAAUGUUUCUGCUACCAAAGAUACUCCCGAACUUCACUGGAUUCUACAAUGGUGUCGGCUAACCAAAUGUUCGGUCCAGCUUGCGAGCGUCUGUGUACUGUGGACCGGAGGUUCUCGGUAGAUCUAUUCGCUGCAUGCUGCAGGUUGUUGUCUACAGUUAUUAGGCAUCAUAAAGGAGUAACUAAAAUGGCCGUUUCCAUUCUUCAAGAUUCGGUCUCUGUUCUUCUCCAUUGUCUGGAAACAAGAGACAUAGAGUUGGUUAGCACAAAAGGUUUUUAUACAUGGGGAGUACAAGAAGGAAGACUAUGUGCUAGUUUCCUCUGCAGGGUUUAUGAACAGAUAAGCAAGACAAAGGAAGUUUUUGAGGGGUAUACUUUACCUUUUCUAUCAGACUACAUAUGUGUUUAUUCAGGAUUGGGUCCUUUUAAAACAGGGAUAAGAAGGGAGAUAGACGAAGUUCUUAGACCAGGUGUGUAUGCUUUAGUAGAUGCAUGUUCUGAAGAUGAGCUUCAAUAUCUUCACACUGUUUUAGAAGAUGGUCCAUGCACAGGGACUUUGAAGACUCUGGUACAUGAUUACAAACAGAAUCACCAGUAUGGGGGGAAAGUCUGAUCUUGGGAGUUUCGUAUGCCAGGUUGCAAUCAUGGUAAAGCAUUCCAUGUAGAUCAUAGGAUUUGCAGCUGUGGAAUGCACAUUCAAUGUUAGAUGCCCUGAAGUGUUUGGUGGUUGGCAACAGAUUCGAAAUUCUGUUACCUGGGAUGCAAUAGCAUAUUCACUGUUAGAUGCCCUGAAGUGUUUUUAUUUUGAUCAGACAGCUGGGGAACAAGGCAAUCUUGUUCCCAUUCUCUCAAAGCUGAUGGAUUCCAUCUGUUCAAGAAAAAAAAGUUUGACGGAAAGAGAGAGAAAGCAAAAGUACAGUAUAUGAA